GAAAAUCAACAUGGCCGCCGCACACUGACUCGUGACUUGGUUAUUGAGAUUUCGAGACACAAAGCAGGAUGUGGAGGGUAUUCCAAUAUCCCGGACAGGAGCGGUACACCAGGGUUGCAGUGUCAGUUCAAAACCAAAUGAGGUGUCAAAGCCCCAGAAAUGACGCUUUCAAGUACAUGACAGACACAAAGCAGGAUGUGGAGGCUGUGCCAAUAUCCCCGACCAGUGCGGUACACCAGGGUUGCAGUGUCGGUUCAAAACAAGAUGAGGUGUCAAAGCCCCAGAUAAAUGACGCUUUCAAGCACAUCACUGAUGGCGUGCAGGAAGAUGUGGAGGCUAUGCCAAUAUACCCGACCAGUGCGGUACACCAGGGUUGCAGUGUCGGUUCAAAACCAAAUGAGGUGUCAAAGCCCCAGAUAAAUGACGCUUUCAAGCACAUGACUGACACAAAGCAGGAUGUGGAGGCUGUGCCAAUAUCCCCGACCAGUGCGGUACACCAGGGUUGCAGUGUCGGUUCAAAACAAGAUGAGGUGUCAAAGCCCCAGAUAAAUGACGCUUUCAAGCACAUCACUGACACAAAGCAGGAUGUGGAGGCUGUGCCAAUAUCCCCGACCGCAGCUGUACAUCAGGGUUGCAGUGUCGGUUCAAAACAAGAUGAGGUGUCAAAGCCCCAUAUAAAUGACGCUUUCAAGCACAUCACUGAUAAUGGUGUAAACAGUGAGAGUGAGGAUAGCAAUGAUGAAGAGGAAAUUCAUGAAGCAGAUGACUUGACUGAAAAUGCCAUAGAGGAAGAUAUGGAGACUGUGCCAGUAUCCACACUGGGUGCUGUACAGGGUUGUAGUGUCAGAUCUAAUCCGGAUCAGGUGACAGAGCCCAAGAAAAGUGGCAAUAACCGGCCCAAGACUGGAAAAGUAGUGAAGCUUACAGAACAUCAGCACAGGCUACUGAAAACUUUGUUCAAAACAAUUAUUGCAAUGAGAAGGGAACUACAGAAAGAUGAGUGUGAAAAGGUUUCUAGGAAACAUGACGCUCUUCAGAACCUCACCUGGAAAAAAAUUAAGAACACUGUCCAUAAUUGGAUAAUGGCUGAGAAACGGAAAACAAAAAGAUAUUAA